CAUAUCGUGAGUAGCUAUGACAACAUUGCAGCCUCGCCCUCUCUUUCAACAAGGACUCGGAACCUAGGUCAAAAAUUAUAAACGACCCGUUUGAAAUGUCAUUCCAAUCCUAGGCAUUGACGACAUAAAUAAUUUGGAGGGUAUUGGGACGCGUUGAUUUUUCCACCUGGGCCACAGCCGUGGUGUUGGUUUUGCUAUGUUAAAAUUUGCUGCCGGUUAUGAGUUGAUAUUGUUAUGGAUGUGCAUACCUUAUUGCAUUUCUAUGCCGGCCAUCAACGAUCAGUCCGUUAAAGGAUAUUUAACAGAGAGGACCUGCUGGUGGAAUGAGAUCUGCAAGGAAGAAUUUCAGAACCAGUUCAAGUGCAAGUGUCCGAUGUGGUCGUUCUGCAGGAGCGAAGGGCGGUACUACAGCGCUUAUUGUUCGAUGACGAAUACCGGGUACAUCUGGACUCAGCCGGAGCGUACGUGGACACCCCCUAUCCAGACGAGAUCACUUCCUAUAACUAGAACAAUCGACGCGACGUAAAUCGUCACGUUGUAAUUAACUGUUUUACCUGUUGUUAAAUCGUUAACUUCUCCAGAGACGUCGGAGGGGAAUAGAUGAAAACUAUCAACAUAUUUUAUUGAAAUAUACAAUCAAUAAAUUUA